UCAAACAGUGCAAUUUUAGGCGCGAGCUAUCAAAAUCUUGUCACACCGGAAACGCAUAAAAAUAAAUUGUGUCAAAGAAGCAGACGUCAUGACGGAUGGAGGUUCAGCCCUCUCUGUUGCAGUCGUCUGCUCCAGUAAUCAGAAUAGAAGCAUGGAGGCACAUAGCUUUUUAAGUAAGCGGGGAUACAAUGUCCGAUCUCUUGGAACUGGUAGUCAAGUGAAGUUACCAGGAGCCACUUUGGACAAGCCCAAUAUUUAUGAUUUCAACACGACCUACGAUGAAAUGUACAGAGACUUAAUGAGAAAGGACCCAGAAUUAUAUACACAGAAUGGAAUUCUUCAUAUGCUGGACAGAAACAGAAGAAUUAAACCAAUGCCAGAGAGAUUUCAGGCCUGCAAGGAGAAAUUCAAUGUCAUCAUCACAUGUGAAGAAAGAGUGUAUGAUCAAGUUAUAGAAGACUUUGAAACGAGAGAAAAAGAAGACAUGCAGCCAGCUCACAUCAUAAACAUUGACAUUCAGGACAAUCACGAGGAAGCUACAAUAGGAGCCUUUCUGAUUGGAGAUCUGGUUACCAUGCUGUUUGAAUCAGAAGAUCUAGACAAUGAUAUAGAUGAGAUUUUACAAGACUUUGAGCCGCGAGCUGGCAGGCCCAUCCUCCACACUGUUUGUUUUUACUGAUGUGUGGUCUACAGUGAAGAUGCUGGACAGAUUAAAAUGCAGGAAAAAUAAUGUUGAACUGUGAUUUGAAAAAAAAAAUAUAUCCUCAUCACUUUCCAAGUCAUUGUUACUGAACUUUUAUGACAAACUACUUGUAUAUGUCAGUGUUAUUAUUGUUGUUUGUCCAAGUCAUAAUGUUUAUUUGAGCCACAGAAUAAUGCAAAAAUUGGUUUUAUAACAAAAAUUAUUCAUAUAUUUUAUUGUUUUAAAAGAUAGCAAAUGAAAUGCUGAUGCUAAUGAAAUAUGUUAUUCCUUGUUUGUAUCAAGAAAAAUUUUCAAUUUUAAUUAAUGGUUAUUUUCUUUAAAGAACUUGACAACUUCACAAAAUUUGUGUAAAUUUGUAUGGCUAAGCUGGAAAUUUCCAUUGCCAUGAAGACUAAAUGUGUUGUUAAGUUAUCUAAAUAUACUGAGCUCUGUCUAUUUUCAUUUAACUGUGUGUUUCAUGUUUAGACUUGAAUUGUGACAUUAAGCAUUGAAAACAUCCCAAUUCUGUUACAAUUUUAUUGUAAAACAGAAAUAAAGCUUAUUUUGUUUUAA